UGCACAAAGAAAUGAGUAGUAUUUAAGAAACAACUUAAUGGGCGUGGUGUACGUUUGUUAGUGUUUUUUUUUUAAAUCCAAUAUAAUUGGUAUAAUUUUUUAAACUAUUGAGUUGCUAUGUAUUGAUACCCAGAAACAAACAAGCCUGAAAGCACUUUAAACCAUGUCAGCAAGUAAACCAGAGACUUUUGGAGAGCAGGAGAGCAGUCAGCUCUUACCAGAGAAGAAGAAUGUUGAAAGCCAGCCAUCCAGCCAACCACAUCAACAAAUAAUGGAGGACCAAGACAAAGAUCAACAAAACAGAAGUCAGGUCUCUGAGAUGGACAGGCUCAGUUCUGUGAAGGAAUUUAUAAACGUUUGGGUGCGUGAUCCUCAGCUACACAAGGAAGAUUUUUGGCACACGUAUAUUGACUACGAGAUCUGUCUUUAUACCAAUAGCAUGUGUUUCCAGAGGAAGACCUCUGUUGUAAGGAGGAGGUACAGUGAGUUUGUGUGGCUGCGUCAGAGACUGCAGGACAAUGCUCUGCUCAUAGAGCUACCUAAACUUCCUCCUGGAAACCCUUUCUUCAAUUUUAGUAAUGAGUUCCAGAUCGGUCAACGGAUGAAGGGGCUACAGCAGUUUCUCCAGAAAGUUUUAGAGACGCCCUUACUGUUAUCAGACAGUCGACUGCAUCUGUUUUUGCAGUCACAGCUAAAAAUUGCAAAAAUAGAUGCAUGUUCGCAGGGUCAGACGCACUACACUGUAGCACAGGCAAUACAUCGAUGUCCCUGUGAUGUGCGGUUCCCCAUCGAAGAGCAGCAUCGUGAAGAAGACAGCAAAACUUUCUGGGACUCAGACUGUGAUAGUACAACAUCCUCUGGUUUGGGUCAUAGUGUAGGACCUUCCACACCUGUUGAAGAAGAUUCCACUCACGAUAGCCUUCACCAUGAAUUUCAAGCCGCAGUAUCCGAGGCAGAGCUCUUUAGCAGCCUGUCUUCAUCACUGAGGAAACAGCAUCAUGUUCUCCUGUGACAUGCACUACAGAUGCGUAUAAUACUGACAAAGUGCCCCAGAUGCUGCUUGCAGUGUCCAAAGUUAUAUUUGGAUGCAUGAUAAUGUAAAAGAGUCUUGUUUUGGCUAUUGUUUUAUAUUAUGUUUAUUGAGUUUUUCUUUUUUAAAAGAAAAUGUAUUUAUAUUUCUGUUGUGACCUUUAAGAGUGAAGUGAGUUCAGGUGUGAAAGGGAUAGUUUACAGCAUGUAGGUUUCUACAUUGAUACUGAAAUGUGCCUGACAAAGAAGCCUUUUAAACACAGCUUCUGUAUUUCUUUCUACAGGCUUUUGUUUAACAGAUUUUAAAAGAGUAUUAGUAACAUGACAUUGCAUCAAGUCUUUAAGUGUUUCUUAAAAUCAUUUAGUAUUUUUAUAAGUUAGUACUGCUAGAAGAAUUGAAGUCUGUAAAUGUGUAAGGAUAAUAUUAUGUUUUUUAAAAAGGACAUUUUUAUUGUAUAUGCAGUCAUAAAUGAAUAAAUGCUUUAUUUUUUGAAAGUC